CUGAUGGAGGAGAUGUACAGGGGAGAGUGUGUGGAGGAGACCAGAAAGGCUUUAAUGAAGAUGAACAGGACUGAUCUGGUGCAGAGAUUAUCAGACAAACAGUUUCCUCCACUGAGCCAGAGAGUGAGUAACGUCACAUCAGUUGACUUCAACCCAUUCAACUUUGACCAGAGUUUCUUGGGUAGUAAUGUUCCAACAGCGCCCUAUUUUCAUCUUUUGCCUCAUGCUGACCUUCUUGAUCCGGGUGACGUCCGAGCUGACAAACAGUUUCCUCCACUGAGCCAGAGAGUAGAAAUGAUGGAGCUUUUUAUUGAGCUGCUUUUGGAAACACUGGCUGAUCUGAGAGGCAGCGAGCUCAAAGACUUCAUCAAAAUCCUCAAGAAGAAAUAUUUCUUACUUAUUCCAUUGAGUCUGUUUGAGAUGUCAGACCUGCAGCACACAGUGUUAUUGAUGGUACAGACUUACGGCCGACAGUCAGUGGAGAAGAUCGUGGAGGUUUUAAAGGAGAUGAAGAGGACUGAUCUGGCUCAGAGGCUGACAGACAGCAGCUCAGAAGAUCAAAACAAACAUCUGGAUGAACAUCUGUUUGCACUCAUCCACAAAGUUGCAACAAUGGCAGCUGUUAAAGAUCUGCUUGUAGAAACACUGGAGGAUUUGAGUGAUCAGGAUCUCAUGAAAUUCAAGACGUUCCUGCAGUUCACUCGUUUUCAGAAGAGUCUUCCACAAAUCGAACUGACUGAUGACAGAAGAGAAAUAGUGAAUGAUAUGAUUGAUAAACUUGGUCAGCAGUCUGUGGAGGUGAUCAGGGAGGUUUUAACAGACAUGCAGAGAACUGAUCUGGUGCAGAGGCUGUCAGAGAGCAGCUCAGGACUCAAAGCUGCAGGAUCAUCAGCUGAAGGAUUUGAUGUGGAGGAAACAGAGAAAGAGAAACACUCUGAGGAUGAACGUUGGCCUGCACUGAUCCACAAAGUAGAAACGAUGGAGUCUGUUAUUGAGCUGCUGCUGGAAACUCUGGAUGGUCUGAAUGAGCAGGAGCUCAGCAAGUUCAACAAGACCCUGCGACAAAUUCAUUUUCACAAAUAUUACUCGGACUUCUCAUGGAUGCCGUACAGGGGGACAGACCUGCAGGACACAGUGUUUCUGAUGGUGCAGACUUACGGCCAACAGUCAGUGGAGAAGACCAUGGAGGUCUUAAAGGAGAUGAAGAGGACUGAUCUGGCUCAGAGGCUGUCAGACUGCAGCUCACUGCCUCGAAAGAAACACUCUGUGGAUGAACGACGCUCUGCACUGAUCCACAAAGUGGCAACAAUGGCAGCUGUUAAACAUCUGCAUUUAGAAUAUUUGAAUAUUUUGAACAACGAUGAACUUCAGGACUUUCAGAGAUUCCUACGAAGCAUUUUUCAUUUGAGGAACUUGUUAUAUUCCUCAACGUGGUUAAAUAAACUAUUAACCAGAGCAGAUAUAGUGAAUCUGAUGGUGGAUGAACUUGGUCUGCAGUCUGUGGAGGUGACCAGAGACUUCUUCAUGUACAUGAACAGAACUGAUCUGGUGCAGAAGUUAUCAGACAGCAGCUCAGCAUCCAGAGAGAAACACUCUGCGGAUGAACAUGGAGCUGCACUGUUGAAGAGAAUCCUUUUUCAGGAAGAAGCGCUGACAGCUGUUAGAAACAUUCUUGUGGAAAUACUGAGACAUUUGAAUCAAAAGGAUCUCGAGGAAUUCAAUUUGUUGCUGCAGUUCACUUGCUUCAAAAUGGGCCUGCCACAAAUACAGAUAUAUACAAAGAUGACAGAUGAACUAAUGAAUCAGAUGGUGGAUGAAUGUGGUCAUCAGUCUGUGGAGGUGAUCAGGGAGGUUUUAACUGACAUGCAGAGAACUGAUCUGGUGCAGAGGCUGUCAGAGAGCAGCUCAGGACUCAAAGCUGCAGGAUCAUCAGCUGAAGGAUUUGAUGUGGAGGAAACAGAGAAAGGACGAAAAACUGAAAGAAGUUCAGAGCUUGAAGGUUGUCAGAGCAUGACGCAGGACUCCAGUGAUUGGACUAAACUUGAACCUGAGGUGAACAGUACAGAUGCAGACGAGGCUCCAACUUACAGCCUUCAGUCUGCAGCAGGACACUUUGAAUGCAGAGUCUCGGGCUUGCGCUGGGUCUGUAAAGGAAAGACCAGCUUUCAGUACCAGUUUAGAUCUUGGGAGGGACACAUGGAGAGGAUGGAGAGCAGACAAUACAUGCCUGCAGGUCCUCUGAUGGACGUCACAGUCACUGCUGGGAAGUUAAAUGAAGUUCACCUGCCACACUGGAUCUGCAUCGAUGACGUCCCUGACAUAUUGGACAUGUUUGCAGUCGUUCACAUAGAUGACUGUGGAGAUGUUGUGGAAAAAGUGUCUGAGGUCACACCAACACAUGUCAAGUUAACUGAACCAAAUUUCUCGAUAAUAGCGGCUCUGAUACGUUUCAUAUUUCCUCCAAAAAUCAGCUGUUACAUGUUGAUGUACUAUCAACUCAACACAUCAUUCCUCAAACUCCACGUCUAUCUGAUACGACAGGAUCCUGCUCUGGAACAGGAAAUUGCUGAGAAAUAUCGUGAGAAAAAAGAUGAGACAAAAUCCGAUUUGAAAUUUAAAAAAAUCAUAAAGCAUCCCCCAGACCAGUACCUGCAAACUGAGCGUCUUUUCAGCCUCAAAGCCGACGACACAAGUGCAAAAAUUCAACCGGAGGAGUUAACCCUCAGGUACAAUAGGCAAAACUUCUAUGAGGUGUACUUUAAGAAUCCAGGCAGUGAACUCAUACUCACACUGGUGCACACUCACCCAGCUGAUGGUGAACCAGCUGAUGAGCCACUAUGGAAAUGUGAAAUUCGAGCAGAUGACCAUCCAGAGUCUGGUCAAGCCGAAGCUGCAGGAUACUCAGUGGGAGCAGCUGCUGUCAGCUCUCUGUCGGCUGAGGAAAACACUGUGGACAAUUUGUCUGCACAGAUGCAGAAAGUGUUAACAGUCCAAUCAGACAGAGAGAGACUUUUGGAAAUGUUAGAACAUCUGGAAAAGGAGGAGCUUGAAAAGUUCAAGUGGCUUUUGGUGGAGCUCAAACCCAUCCCAAAGAGCAAACUGGAGGAGGCCAACAUCUGUAACCUGGUGGAUCUGAUGUUUGGGGCCUACACCCAACAUACUGUGGAGGUGACCAAGAAGGUUUUUAGGAAAAUGAACAGGAAUGAUCUGCUGCAGAAGUUGUCAGACACGAGCUCGAGAUCCAAAGACUGACAUCAACAUGAUGAGAUCAGGUCUCUGUGGGUCUGACCGUCUGCUGCAGGACUCUUUAUGUCUCUGACUCUCUGUUCGGGCUCGUUGUCCUGCUGCAGGAUCGAUGUGUCACUUUUAGUCCUGGUGAUGGAUCAGAAUCUGUAAUUUAACAUUCGUGAGAUUCUAAAUAUCAAACUCAGCACAGAGCCUCCAUGAUGUUUCACUUUUACGAUCGUGGCUCAAGAGUUGGGAGUUCACCUUGUAAUUGGAAGGUUGCCGGUUCGAGCCCUGGCUUGGACAGUCUCGGUCGUUGUGUCCUUGGGCAAGACACUUCACCCGUUGCCUACUGGUGGUGGUCAGAGGGCCCGGUGGCGCCAGUGUCCGGCAGCCUCGCCUCUGUCAGUGCGCCCUAGGGUGGCUGUGGCUACAACGUAGUCAGUAUGUUUUAGAAGUGUAUUUAAAGAUAUUUUAAAAAUCAUAUUUAAGCCUCAACAUUGUUUUGCCUGAAAAUCACUUAUAUCUGUCUUACCGCAUUUAAAUAAUAUCACAAGUCCACAGAUAAACUGUCUUUUUAUUCUUAGUCUCUGUCACCUACACUUUGUCCAUCAAAUAUAUUUAAAUAAAAUUAGAUUUAAAAACUAAAAUGUAAAACUUGGAGGCUCCAUUUUUGUACUAAUAGCCAGAUGGCUCAGAUCAAGAUAAGGACCACAACUGUAACUUUAUCGCCUGCAUUAAAGUGUGACAGAAGUGUAAAGGUGGAAGAAUAUUACUUGUGUGUGUUUGUGCAUGAAUGUGUAUGAUGUGGUUCAGCUGGAGCACAGGGUCCAUCGUUCAAUAGAGCAUCGUUCAAUGUUCAUUACAAACUAUACCAGCAUGUAUUUGGCAGCAUGGCUGGUGGUUCAAUGGCAAAAAGAUUCCCGGU